UGCGUAAUGUCAAUUCCAGUUUUGACAGUUGCUAUCCGAUCAAUAUUUGGUCGAGGAUUUUCCAAUAAUCUCUCGAAAAUCUUGUGAAACUGCAAUAAAAAGGGGCGUUGCAACUUAACGGGGAAACUUUAAUUCAAACCGGAUAUAACACCCGCAAAAUGGCGGCGGAUCCCUGGGUGGUUCAGCCACACGAGCAUGCAAAGUUCGCGGAACACUUCCGGAACCUCGGGCCCAUCAACGGAGCGCUGACCGGCGAGCAGGCCAAGAGAUUCAUGCUGCAGUCCCAGCUGCCUCCACCCAUUCUUGGGCAGAUUUGGUCACUUGCCGACACCAAUGCUGACGGGAAAUUGGACCUGAAGGAAUUCUCCAUUGCUUGCAAGAUUAUCAAUUUGAAGCUACACGGGAUUGAAAUACCUAAAGCACUCCCGCCAUCUUUGAUCGCUUCAUUGAGUCCUGCAGCUCCACCUCAGAAACAAUUCACUCCCCCAGCGAAACCCCCUAUCCCCCCAAUGCCAUCCAUUCCUCCCCAACCGGCCCAGCCCCUCAUAAGCGGCCUCCCCUCCCAAGCCCCUCAGCCACUGACCAGUAACUCCCUCCUAGGAGACUUCGGGGCCCCUAGCCAACCCUUAAUCAGCACUGGACCCCCAACCGUGCCCCCUAUGAUCCCCCCCGCUAAACCGGUCACGGCCGUACCCGAUUUGAUCUCCGGUGUAAAGCCAUUGAACCCACCGAUGGCUCAGCCAUUGAUGGACCAGCAAUUGAUUAAUACCCAGCCGUUGGUGGGUGCUCCGCCUAUAGCUAGUCAGCCUUUGAUUGGUGCAAGUCAGCCGUUAGUCGGUGCGAGCCAGCCGUUAAUGAGUGCUCAGCCGUUGGCGACUCAACCCUUGGUAGGUGCAGUCCAACCUUUAGUGGGUGCUACUCAAACCUUGGUAGGUGCAAGUCAGCCUUUGAUCGGUGCUACCCAACCUUUAAUUGGAGGAUCUCCACCGUUAGCGUCUACUCAACCCUUACCUACGACGGUUCAACCUCUAGUUGGCGCUAGCCCGCCUCUAGCUCCAUUAAUAGGUUCUCAGCCAUUAAUGGGUGCUCAGCCUUUGAUCCCGAAUCAGCCGAUAAUGGCUCAGCCAUUGGCGGGUCCAACCCCGCUGGUCCCUUCAUCCCAGCCGUCGUUAGUGGGUGGCACGACCGUUGGUUCGCUGAUCAGCAGUCCUCCGAAGCCUGUCAACACGGUGGCGGGUUCGAUGGCGGGCCAGCCUGUCACUUCCACUCCUAUUAACGCUGUGAAGAGCGAGAUUUUGUCUAAACCUGGGUCUGUGGUGACGAGCCCAACUGAUAUGCCGAUGGGAGUCGUGAGUCCCCCACCAGUGGAGUGGGGUAUCCCGCAACCUCAGAAACUGAAGUACACCCAACUAUUCAACGCCACGGACCGCACCAAGAGCGGGUCCGUUUCGGGCGCGCAGGCACGCGCCGUGAUGCUGCAGUCGCGGCUGCCGCAACAGUCGCUCGCGCAAAUCUGGGCGCUGGCCGACCUCGACUCCGACGGGAAGCUCGGUUGUGAGGAGUUCGUGCUAGCCAUGUAUCUGUGCGAGCAGGCAACGCAAGGAGAGCCGGUGCCGGCCAAACUACCGCCAGAAUUGAUCCCGCCCACUUUCAGGCGUGAAUCAGUGACGUCAGUCAGCAGCAACAAGUCGUACGAAGAACGCCGCAGGGAGAACCUAGCUAGAGGCCAGGCUGAAUUGGAAAGACGCCGCUCGCAGCUGGCCGACCAGCAUAUGAAAGAGAAGGCUGAAAGAGAGCGCAAAGAGAGGGAAGAAGCAGAGAAGAGAGAGAAACUCCGUCUAGAAGCUCAGAAGAAGGAACAAGAGGAAUUGAUGAGGAAACAGAAGGAAGAACAGGAGAAACGUGAGGCAGCAAGGAAGGAAAUGGAAAGACAGUGUCAGCUGGAAUGGGAGAAAAAAAGGACAAGGGAGUUAGAAGCCAUGAGGACAGAAGAGCAAACAAAAGUCUUAAGCCUAAAAGCAAAGACUCAAGCGGUCUCAGCCGAACUCAACUCAGCCACGGUCAAAGCGGCCGACCUGGCCAAGAGCAUCAGAGACACCAGGACAGCGGUGGCUGCUGCUAAGUGCACUAUUGAUGGGAUGAGAUCCGACCGCGAUUCAAGCAUGGCUGAAAUGCAGCAACUCAAAGCUCGAGUGAAGGAAUUAAAUGCGAAGCAAAUCGCGCUUAACAAAGAAAAAGCUGAGCUGGACGCUAAGGCUAAAGCAUCAGAGGGAGCUGGUGAAGAUGGAAAGCUGAACAUGAUGGAGAUUACUCUAAAACAACUGCGGGACAAGGUGGAAGCAGCCAAAGCGAUCGUCGAAAGCAAGAAGUCCGACCUCGAGUCCAACAACUCCCAGCUGUCAGAUCUGUCAGCGCGAGUGACAGAACUCAGCGAGAAAUGCGCUAAUGUAUGGAAGGUUUAUGAAGCGAAGCGGCUGGAAUAUCAGCAACAGCGGUCUACGGCGCCUGCUGAAAGUGGUUGGGGCACUGGUGAAGCUGACUGGGGUACUUCUAACGAUGCUUGGGGCGAUACUGGAGCUCAAGACGACGCUUGGGGCGACGCUCCUCCUACUACAGCAACCGAACCCGUGACAUCAACUCCGUCAACUACGUCAGCGCCAUCGGCCGCGAGAUGGCGCUGCGUGUACGAAUUCAACGCGCGAACGCCCGACGAGCUUAGCUUGCAGCCGGGUGAUCUGGUCAGCGACGCGCAGGCGCCUAGAGGCGACGCCGAGCCCGGCUGGCGGUGGGGCACAGCCAGAGGUCAAUCGGGCUGGUUCCCUGAAUCCUAUGUUGAGGACAUUAACGCGGUGGCCGCCUAUGCUACCGAGGUCAUCGAGCCUAUGGAAACCAAGACUCAGCUCGAAGGCAUAGCAGAAGUGCCAGAGGCAGAGAUUGCAAACGAUUUGGGCGGAGCGAUGCCUGUUGUUGAAGGUGGAGAUUUCUACAUAGCGGCGUACCCUUACACUUCGGCCGAGCCUGGUGACCUGACCUUCGAAGCUGGCGAACGGAUUGAAGUCAUGAGGCGGGACGGGGACUGGUGGACCGGACGGAUCGGGAUCCGAACGGGCAUAUUCCCCUCAAACUACGUCACCAAAGACACAACCUCUUCCACCGGCGACACCAUCAGCACUAUACCGGAGGCGGCUGAACCGGAACCGGAGCCGGCCAGCCCGCUGCCGGCGCCGCAACCGGCGCCCGUCGCCGUGGCGCCGGAACCGGAUUUGGUGCAGGAGCAAAAGUCCUCAACCCCCGUGUCAUCAGAAGUGGCAGCCAUUACGGACGCGGCGCGCCCGCCGUCGGCCGCCCGCCGCGACUCGGGCCGGGACUCCGCCACCGCGCGACGGAAGCCCGAGGUGGCGCAGGCCGUGGCUGCCUACACCGCCGCCAGCGCCGAGCAGUUAUCCCUGACUAAGGGCCAACUCCUUAUCGUCCGUAAAAAGGCAGACAGCGGCUGGUGGGAGGGAGAACUCCAGGCCAAAGGGAGGAACAGACAAGUGGGCUGGUUCCCCGCUAGCUAUGUCAAGGUGAGUGUCAUUGACAGUGUCGCCACCUGGCAUUACCCUAAUUUAGGGUAUUUUUAGGGUAGAAAAUU